AUGAACACACAGCAGGCAGCAGCAGCAGCAAUUGCUGCUGCUGCUCCUUCUGAAACGCCACACGCUGCUGCUGCUGUUGCUGCAGCAGCCGCAGCAACAGCAGAAACAGCAGCGACAGCAGCAACAGUAGCAACAGCAUCAACAGCGGAUCCGAGCGAGACAGGAGCAGCACCAGCAGCAGCACCAGCAGCAGCACCAGCAGCAGCACCAGCAGCACAUGCUGCUACCUCAGCCUCAACUGUUAAGCGCGCUGCUCUCUCUGCCUUAAGGGCAGCAGAUGCCUCCCCCGCUAAGCGUCUCCAUCUCGAGAAGCAGCAGCAAGUGCAGCAGCAGCAAGAGCAGCAGCAGCAAGAGCAGCAGCAACAACAGCAGCAACAAGAGCAGCAGCAGCAGCAGCAGCAACAUUCUCCUUUGUUUCGAUCUGAAGCCACACCGCUGAGGAGCUGCAGGCCUCACAAUACAGAGGGAGAGGAGGCAGCAGCAAGCCCCUUCUCUGGUCCUCUUCCUGCAGGAGCAGCAGCAGCAGCAGCAGCAGCAGCAGCAGCAGAUGCUGCGUCUCCCAUCGGUUCUCCAGUACCGCCUCGGCGCGUUCAGCAGCAGCAGCAGCAGCAGCAGCAGCAGCAGCAGCAGCAAAAUGGUUUUGCUGCGAUAUCUACUCCUGUGGCCUCUAACAAAGCUAGAUCUGCUGCUACUGGCGCCUCACUCCUCAGCAGCAGCAGCAGCAGCAGCAGCAGCAGCAGCAGCAGCAGCAGCAGCAGUGAGGAGUGCAGCCUAGAGGCUAUCCCGGCUCCGUUUAGAAAAGGUUAUGUAUGUACAGUAAAAGCUGCCGGCCCCCUUAGAGUUGCUGAGUUAGCAGCACUGUUUGCUCUGUGGGGCGAUCUGAGAGCCCCUGUGCCGCUGCUGCAGUUGGUUGGUGCUGCAGGCUCAGGGAAGAGCUUCUUGCUGCGGCUGCUGCUGCAGCACAGCUCUGUUGCUCAUGGUUAUGCUGAUGCUGCUGCUGCUGCUGCUGUCGAUGGUGCAGCAGGGAGGCAGCUACUCUACCUUCAUCUGCUGCGAUCUCUUGCUGCUUCUCUUAAAGACGAAGCGGAGGCUUGCUGCGAACCCUUGUUUAAACUGCAGCAGCAGCAGCAGCAACAACAACAACAGCAACAGCAGCAGGAACGGAAGGACAAGGGACUCAAUGAUACUAAGGAGAAGCUGCAGCAGCAGCUCCGCACGCUGCAGCAGCAGCACAAGUUGCUGCUGCAGGAGUGCAGCAAAGCUUCAAAGUCUCGUGUAAGUGCUGCAGAUGGAUUCAUAGAAAUGUUGGUGCGGCUGCUUGGGGCAUCUGCUGCUGCUCUCCGCGCCGCUGCAGCAGCAGCAGCAACAGCAGCAGGAUCAGCAGCAACAGCAGCAGCCGCAGCAGCAGCUGCUGCAGCGCACCAGGAAGCAACAGACCGAGCAGGAAGAAGGCGCCGCCCGUUAGCAGCAGAAGCCCUUGACGGCCUGCCCACACCACCCUUCAUUCGUUUUGCUGCUUACAAUAGAGAUGCUGCUGCUUUUGUGCUGCAGCGCAGCUUCAUCCGACUAGGGCUGCCGCUGCUGCAGGUAGCAGUGCAAGCAGCACCACCCAGCUUUCCUUUCUACCUACACCUGCGCCUCAACCCUACUGCAGCAGCAGCAGAAGAAGCAGCAGCCGCAGCAGCAGCAGCAGAUGAGCCCGCAGCAGCAGCAGCAGCAGCAGCAGCAGAUGGAACCGCAGCAGCAUCCCCGGCACCCCCAACAACAACAGCAGCAGCAGCAGCAGCAGCAACCCCCGCCGCAGCAGCAGCAACCCCCGCAGCAGCAGCAGCAACCCCCGCAGCAGCAGCAGGAGCAGCAGCAGCAGCAGCAGAAGAGCCUUGUGGUGUAUGGUUGAUAUCGAAGAGCACCGGGGAGAAGACUGAUUUGCUGCAGGUGUGGGGUAAGUUCUGCGGCGAUGUCAGCCGCUGCUUGCAUUUAAAUUCAGCAGACUUCUGGCAGCUGCAGUUUGCAUGCAGAGAGCUGUGGGGUUACGCGCUGCAGCUGCUGCUGCGGACGCAGCAGCUGGGGGCCCUCGAUCUGCUGCACGAGCAGCUCCGAAGCAGCUGUGCUGCUGCUGCAGCAAACCCAUUCUCGCGCUUGCUACCAGAUAUCGUUGACUGUCGUGUUGCUGCUGCUUCAGCAGCAACUAUUUGGGGGGGACAGAUUGCUGCUGCUGAUGCUGCAGCACGCCUGCUGCAGCUACCUCGGCUGUCUCGUUUGCUGCUUGUUGCUGCUCUUGUUGCUGCAUGUACACCACAAAGAGCAGAUAAAAAGAAGCUGAGAGAAGCCUUCAGCAGCAGCAAACUGCUGCUGCACAGCCGCAGCAGCAGCAGACCUCGCAAACCACAGCAAAAGGAGUCAUUCAUGCUGCUGCCUAAUGGAGGCUAUCUGCUGCAGGUGCUUCCUCGCGCCUUCACUGUAUUACGUUGGUUUGCUGCUGUAGAGUUGCUGCAGCAGCAGCCGCUGCUGCUUCAAUGUUCCUCCUUGCUGCAGCAAGCCAGCAGUUUGCUGCGGCUAGGGCUAGUGGGGGUGUGGGCGCCCCCGCUGCUGCUGCAGCAGAAAGCUGCAGCAGGAGGCAGCAGCUCCGGCAGCAGCUCGGACUUGCUGCACCCAGCAGCAAAACUAGUGCUGCUUGCUGAUAUAGAUAUUGUUGUUGCUGCUGCUCGCAGCCUCAAGAUCCCUCUUGAUGAAUUACUUUAA